AUGUGAGGAUAAUAAUAUAUAGAUAUAGAUAUCCAUAUGACAUUGAUUCGUGAGUGUAUUGAAGGAUGAUGGUAGCGAUGGCAGUGCCAACGAAUACAAUAACAGCAGCUUCCUAUUGUGCAAUUGCAAAGGUUUUGAGAGGCAGAGGCAGAGCGUUGCUGCUUUCGUCCUUAUCACCAUCACCAUCAUCAUCAGUCUCAGUAACAAUAUGCAAUAACAAUAACCAAAAUAAUAAUAAUGGUCGUCUUCCAUCGCCACUCACCCUCUCCUCCUUUGCAAGGGGAAGAAGAAGCACACAGUCACAGUGGGUACCAUCAUUAUCAUUAUCAUUAUCAUUUUGCACGGCGGCGGCCGAUACUGAUGCGGCGACGGUUGGUAGUAAUACUAAUAGAAAUGAAGAAGAAGAAGAAGAAGAAGAAGAAGAGAAGCAGAAAAAGGAUCCGGAACUAAUAAUAAAAGAAGCGGCGGAGAUGCUGGACAUAAGGGUUGGGCGUGUUGUUAAGGCGUGGAGGCAUGAGGAGGCUGACUCUCUUUACGUCGAAGAGGUCGAUGUUGGAGAAGCUGAACCCAGAACUAUCUGUAGCGGCCUAGUCAAUUUUGUUCCCCUUCACCUCCUUCAGGAUAAAAAAGUAGUUGUUCUUGCUAAUUUGAAGCCAAGGAACAUGCGUGGUGUCAAGUCAUGUGGGAUGCUUAUGGCUGCUUCUGAUGCAUCCCAUGAGAAUGUUGAGCUUCUAGUGCCUCCAGAGGAUUCACUACCUGGUGAAAGAAUUUGGUUUGGUUCAGAAAACGAAAAAGAAAAUCAACCUGCUGCUGCCACACCCAACCAGAUUCAAAAGAAAAAGAUUUGGGAAUUAGUGCAACCUCAUCUUAAGACGGAUGCUUCUUGUACUGCUAUGCUUGGGUUGCAUGUAAUGCGGACAUCUGCAGGUGCGGUCGUGUCCACAUCUUUAAAGAAUGCCAAUAUCUCAUGAUCAGAUGGCAAUUUCACACUUCUUAGUCUUGCAUGGCUUCUUAAUACCUAAAUCUCCUGAUUGCCAUAUGAUAUAUUUCUGGCUAUUUUGUGACAUUGUAAUUUCUAGUUUAUAAAAAUACAUUGCUAGAAUCUUGAGGAUUAAGUUUCUGUCAGCUGCCAGGCCAGUUGUCAUCCAGAUCCCAAAUGUUGGUCUUGUACUUGGGUUCAUUCCCCCACACUUGAAAUGCGGUUGUGAUUGGCUGCUGUAAUUUUAGAUGAUUGUUGGGUACAUUCUUUCCAUUCUCAAAUUAAUAAAAUUUUUGCUUGCUUAAGAAUAUAAA